GUUGGUUCCAUUCCUUACCAGAAUGGUUAAGGUUUAAUGAAAUUAAUAAAGAUUCAAAUGGAGUCUUAUUAAAUGGAAUUGGAGGUGAUUUAUAUAUCUUUUACUAUGCAAUUUUGAUUCUUUUACAUAGCAAAUAUUUAAACCCUCCAGAGGAAUGUGAUAUAACUGCAUCAAAUUCGCACACAAUUUGUAUACAAUCUGCUACGAUUAUAGUUCAUUGCCUUGAAAUAUUACUAGAAAAACACCCAGACUUUUUUGCUUUUGCGGUAUAUGGUCCAUUUGCAAUUAAUCCAGCAAAGCGAGUAUUUUCUUGGCAAGCAAAAUAUUCUGAAAAUAAAAAAGCUGGGGAAAUGCUUAAGCGACUUGAACUUUUAAAAAAUAGAAUCGCCAUAGUUUCUAAAGGUUAUGAUCGUGGUAGAGUUGAUGGUGAGGAAGGAAUGAAUGAAGGUUUAACAGAAUGGUUAGGAAUUCCAACUCCUCGAAAUAAGAUAAAUGGUGAAGUAAUUAUUCCAAGAGAAUGGGAAGUUUUCAUUGCCGAUGAUGAUAGAAAUUUGAGAAGACAAUAUAGUUUGAUUGCCAGGAAACAAUCUGGCGGACCUUUUAUGCCCAGAAGGAAAACAUCAAGUUAUUCAAGAGCAAUGAGUAUGAGUAGUAAUUCUUCAAUUUAUAUGAAAGGUGUUAGAUUAAAUUCGGGGUAUGAUUAUAUGAAUUCAAGUCAAAAUAUGGAUGAUCUUAAUUUUAUAUUUAAAACGGACAAAAGUUUUGAUUUUUCAGCAUUUUCGCAACCAUCAGAUCAAAAUUUUAAUUUACCUCGAGUGACAUUAGAUGGUGUACUUGUUGAAGAACCAGAACAAUUUGAUCAUAAACAAUUUGGUGGAGGUUCACAAUAUCACACACCUCUACAACAAUCACCUCAAUUACAACCACAACAAUUUAAUUCACCUUAUCAUUCACCACCUCAACAAUCUCAACAAUCUCAACAAUCUCCACAACUUCAUGCUUCAGAUUUUUAUACGCCACUUAAUCUUUCACCACAGCUUAAUCCUCAAGAUUAUAAUUCUCCUUAUCAACAAUCACCUCAGUUACAACCAGAAGACUAUGGCAAUUCUUCUCAGUUGAACCAUUUUGGUUCUCCACAUUUACAAGAUUCAUCGCAGUAUAAUUCACCACAACUUCUCCCACAACAAUAUCACUCGCCACAAGUACAAGAUCAACAACAUAGCACACCAUUGCAACAGUCACCACUUUUACCACAUGAGGAAUUUGAUUUAAAACAUACAAUCAUGAUGUCGCCAGAGCAAUUUUAUGAUCAGAUUGAUAAUAAAAAUAUUUUAAAUUCCAAUAAUGAUAACAAUAAUUUGGCUUGGACACCUCCAUCUGAAUGGAAUCAAUCCAAUAAUAAUCAUGAUGAUAAUAUUAACUCUUCGUCAUUAUUAAAUUCUGGAGUAAAUACAUUGUUAACGCCUCCAUCAGAUUUUUUAUCUGAAACUUCUUUAGAUGAUAUCACAGAUGAUGGAUUUUGGCACGUAUUACAUAAUGAGAAUAAUAAUCAUCUUGGAAAUUCACCUUUAAUAGAUGGUAGUGGACUAUCAGACGGUUUAAAUGAGAAUGAAAAUGAAGAUGGUUUAGGAAUUUCUAUAGAGAACAAAUAGGUUAACCUUUCUUUUGAAAGACUUUUUUACAAUUUAUUUAUUUAUUUAAAUCAAGACUUUUUUACAUUUAUUUAAAUCCAGACUUUUUUUUCAAUUUAUUUAUUUAAAUCCUUUCUCUAAAAUUAUUAUAAGUAAA